AUGAAAUUCAGAAUUUUACAUUCAGUCAUAUUUGUUUUCCAAUUGAUUGAAUUCACUGCUGCUCAUGAAUAUUUAGUAAGUUUAAAAAAUUCCGAUUCCAUUCAAAGUUUCAUGGAUUCCACAUACGCACAUGGUCAAUUAAUGAAAGAUUAUUUACAUGGUAAAAUUAGUAAAACGUUUUCAUUCGGUUCUUUCCGAGGUCUUACUGUCAAUUUAACUAAAGAUGUUGUCAGUGCGAUUAAAGAAAACCCAUUAGUGGUUGAUGUCGUGCCUAAUAUGAAAAUACAUGCAUUUGAUUAUGAUGAUUUUGAAAAUAAUGAUGGUUAUGAUGACAUUAAACAACCUGAGGAAUUAUUUGAUAAAAAUUCUUAUCUUGUUAAAGUUCAAAAUGGUGCACCAAGACAUUUAGCAAGAUUAUCAAGAAGAAUGCCCUUACCGUAUGAUUUCGAUGAUAAAGAUGCUUAUAAUGAUUCAUUAAGUUAUUAUUAUAGUAAAUGGCAUCAAGGUACUGAUGUCAAUGCAUAUAUUAUUGAUUCUGGGAUUGAUAUCAAUCAAGAAGAAUUUGAGGGAAGAGCUACGCAUGGGUUGGAUCUUACGGGAGAAGGACCUGGUGAUCGAAAUGGUCAUGGUACUCAUGUGGCAGGACUUGUUGGAUCCAAGACUUAUGGUGUUGCCAAAAAUGUUACGUUAGUAGAAGUGAAAGCAUUAGAUCGUCAAGGUUCAGGAAGUUUAAUCACAGUUAUAAGCGCACUUGAAUUUGUUGUAAAUCAUUGUGGGAAAUCAAAAUCUAAAAAAUGUGUGGCUAAUUUAAGUUUAGGUGCAUUUAUGAUGCCACUUUUAAAUGAGGCAAUUAAAGCUACUGUGGAUUCUGGUGUAGUUGUUGUUGUUGCUGCAGGUAAUGGUAAUAUUGAUGCAUGUUGGUGUAGUCCUGCUUCUGAAAAAUCAGCAAUUACUGUGGGAGCAUUUGAUGAUCGAAUUGAUACUAUAGCAAAAUUUAGUAAUUGGGGGUCAUGUGUUGAUAUUUUUGCUCCUGGGGUCGCCAUUUCCUCUCUAUCUAUUAAAGAUAACCAAAAAAGUGUGGAAUUUUCAGGUACUUCAAUGGCUUCCCCCCAAGUUGCUGGUAUUGUAUCAAUAUUAUUAGACCAAGGUGUUGAGAAUGAAGAUAUUAGGGAUUAUUUAUUCGAAUUAGCUACAGAUGACGUUUUCCAAAAGAGAACAUUAUUAUUUAAGCCACGCACACCGAAUAGAAUUACAUUUAAUGGUAUUAGUAAGAAAGAUGAAGAUUUCGAAGAUGGUAUUUUCCCUGAGAUUAAUGUUGAUGUUUUACUUGAUGAAUUACAAAACUAUGUACCCAAAAAGAAUUAUGAAAAGAUUGAUAGUAGUGAUGUCACUAUUCCAAUGGGUAGUAUUAAUGUUCAUAAGAGAAAAAGAGAAGUUUUAGAAUCCUUGUGA